AUGUAUAACCGCGAAUCCCGGAUUAUGCGCAAGCUGCUGGGAAAGCCAGCGAACGACCCUUCCGCUGGCGAUGCGACUGCAACGAGCACCAGCACCGCCACUCCAACGAGCUAUCGGCCGAUCAAAUCCCAAAAUGCGGUGCACCCUGUAACCGCGCCGGUGUCAUGCCUCGAUGUUUCCGCUGACGGGCGCGCCGCCGUUCUGGGAGGACCGCACAUACUCAAGACGUUGGUGCUCGACACCGUGGGGAGCCCCAGCUUCAGUUUCAGCGACGGCGUUGAUAUUAGGGCGUCAAUUACAUCGCAAAAGACUUCUGGAAGCAAAGCGAACAUCGUGGCCGACCAGCUCAACAUCCGCGACGUCAAAUGGCACGAGAACGGCAUCGUCUUUACGGCGUGCGCCACGGGGCGCAUAUUCGGCUACGACCCGCUUCGAAUCGAUACCGGGGGCUCCGACCCUCUCGAAUGCUUCCAGAUGCAGGAGGAUAGUCGCCAAAUAAACACGUUGGACGUCAACCCACACUUGAAGAGCUGGCUACUGGCGGGAAGUCAAGACGGAAUCGCGCGCGUCUUUGACGUUUCUGCCCCAACCGCCACGCGAUCGGGCAUGCCCACAUUUAGACAACGAUUUUCACCUUUGAAGAAUAACGAGUCGAUUAGGAAAGUAAUGUGGUCACCCCGAGUCGGGCACGAGAUGGCCUGCUGCACGGAGGGAGGCGUGGUUCUGAAAUGGGAUGUCCGCCAACCAUCACGACCAGUGCUUAGGAUCAACGCCCAUGAAAACUCAUGUACUACGAUGGCAUGGCAUCCUGAUGGAAUCCACCUCAUCAGCGCGGGAUGGGACUCGAAGCUGCAUGUGUGGGACCUAGGCGCUUCAGGCGACAAGAGACAAAAACCAAAAUGGACCAUCACGACUCCAGCGCCGGUAUCGUCUCUUGCCUGGCGACCAGGCCUGUGGUCUGCUACGGCCCAAACCCGCCGUGUAGCGCAAGUCGCAGUGAGCUAUGAUGAAAGCAGCAACAGGCGCUAUGGUGCCUCGGUCGUCCAUAUUUGGGAUCUGGCCCGUCCGACGAUGCCAUACAAGGAAAUUGAGCGGUUCGAUUCGUCGCCGUCUGCCAUGCUCUGGAGAGACCAAGACAUGCUCUGGACUGUUGGUCAGGAUGGAAUCUUCAACCAGUGCGAUGUGGCAUAUGCGCCAAAGUCCAUUGACAGACUCUCCACGUCGGCAAUGGCCUUUUCACCACAAGGCGAUGUUGUCAUGUUCUUGGACGAGCGUGCGCAGCAAAGCCGUCCGCGGCCCAUCAUGCACCAUAGCGAAACGCCCUCUCGCCCGACAUACAGCUCUAGCCCCAACGUAUAUCUUCUCGGCGGAAGCAAGAGCGAUUCCGAAGAAGACGUACUAGGAACGUUUAUUGGCACUCGACGCAAACUCGCACACCGACGCCGGUUGAGCGGCCGCUCCGGACAGCCUAUGAGCACAACACCACCGUCCGGUACCGGCUUUGCAGACGAGGGCAAAGGCACCCUGGGUCUUGACAUGUCUAUCGGUGUUACUGGAAUGUUCAGGUCACCGCAGGUAAUGGCGUCGGGAAGAAUACCAGCAUCAACCAAAGUCCCAGUCUAUCAGUAUCUCACCGCGAGCUACCUCGAAAUCUUGGAGCGUGUCUUACCAAAGCUAGACGACAAAGUUUCUCUUGCUCAGCGGGUCGGAACGGCCUUGGAAGAGUUCUCGAGGGUUUCAGAAAAUGUGCGCCUGUACCGAUUAUCUCAGUCAUGGCGCGUGAUUGCCUUUGCCAUGCAUCUCUUGCUCAAGAAGAGAGCAGACUACCACCUUGAUGCAAGGUCAUCCCGGUUUCAAAAGCGACAGCUGGAAAGUAGCAAGCCCGCAACUACAUUCAAGCCACCCGAGAUCUAUGGAACUAGCUACAAUGGCGAAGAGACUCCACGAAGACCUACAUCUGCACAUGGGGGCAGUAUAGAUGGCAGGCUACAUGCUGUGCGGUCGCUUCUGUCGGAGGAAAUUGAGAGUACUUCAAAUGUGCCGACGCCGAUUGCACGGCCAGUUGAUGCAGCGCUCAGUCGCGAAUUGGAAACCGGUCAUUACCAGCACGGAAAGAAGUUAACACCCAUUAUCGAGCCAGAGAGUUUCAAUCUCGGGCCUUCUAUGCACACUUUCAAGAAUGCGGCGCAUUCGCCAGGAAGCUCCCAAGCCAUAUCGGAUAACAGCCGAGAAAGCGAGAUUUCCGAAACAUCCAUAACUGAGGGUUACGACUUUUACGAUGCCGAAGCUCUCUCAAGAGCCAUCGAUGUCCCAGAGCCAAAAACGAAGGAGGCAGCUGAUCGGCAGCAAUCUCGAAUCAAGCCUGCUCGUCAUGAUUCAGAGGACAGCAUGGGCGAAAUAUUUUCCAUCUCAGCCGGAGCCAAGCAAAACUCAUCCGUGGAAAUUGCUGGCGCCAUAAACAGCGACGUUGGCUACUCUUCUAAGAUCAGCAGUGGCAGCGCUGAUACGCAAUUCGAGCCUAGGAUCCAUGGCGAUGUCCAGAGGCGCAAAUCAAACGUCGCUGACUCUCCAGAGGACGUUUUCAUGAUUUCACAAACCACCGCCUCUACGGACGACGUUUAUCCAUCACAGAUUUCUUUUGCUUCGCAAUCUGAUUCUGACCAUAACCCAUCCUUUCAACAGUCUACAGCUCCCGCGGAGGCUGUAGAUGGUCAACUUAACGGCGCGAGCAGUCAUAUUGCCACUUAUUAUAACGACCCGAGGCCCCAUAUCAUCGAAUCCGACUACUUUCCAUGGCCCGAGGAUCCUGAUUUUCUAAAAAUGAAGGGAGAUUCCACAGUGCCAGCUGCUCUUGACCCUUACCUCUUGCUCAAAAGAGCAUUCGACUUUGAAUGCCGCUCCUCCGCAGUUAACGCGGCUGCCAUGGUGCUGCUUCUGCGGCCACUCCUCCCAGACGGCAUCAUCGAUACACAUCUGGCACGAGGCAUCCUGCGACAACACCACGAGCGGCUGAUGCGCAUGAGGCUCUUCGUCGAGGCAUCUGCCCUGCGCAAGCUAUGCAUUCAAGGAUGGCCCGAGGGCAUGCCCGAAUGGGGCGAGAACUACACCCCUAUCUUCAGCCCUGCCCAACAAGGCGUCAAGACUGGGCUACUCUGCUCCGCAUGUCGGAAGCCACGAGAGGUCGAUCCCAGUGGCGGCCGCGACGCCAUCUGGACCUGCGAACGCUGCCGCGCCGUCAUGGCGCCCUGCGCCGUUUGCAACCACCGCGACGCGGAGCUGCCCGCGCACAUCCCCGGCCACGACAGCCUCGACGCCGAGGACGCAGGCCUCAACCCAUCGUGGGUGUCCAACUGGUGGUGGUUCUGCCCCGGCUGCGCGCACGGCGGGCACGCCUCGUGCCUGCAGAUCUGGCACGGCGCGCUCGAGGCCGACGACCCCAACUCGCAGCCGGCCAAGUUUAGCGGCGGCUGCUGUCCGCUCGACGGCUGCGGCCACGCCUGCCUGCCGGGGAGGUACCGCGGGGAGGUGGUGACGGCCCGUGCCGACGAGCUCGGCCGCGCGACGCUGGACAGCACCCGCGUAGCCCGCGACGAGAUCCGCGGAGGGGGCGGCGCCGCGGGCAGUCGGCGGUCCAGCCCUGGCGGACGCGGCGGCGACCGAAGCGUGCGCAGCGACAGCUACGACAUACCGCAGAGCAAGGCCGUCGGUAUGGCGCGCGAGGCGCUCAACAAGGGCGGCUCGUCGCCUAGCUCCGGCGGCGGCAUCCUGAGCUCCAGCCCGGGCCGGGUGCCGGGGACGGGCGAGCGCGAGCGCCGCAAGAGCGUCAAGUUUGUCAAGACGGAGCGGUGA